GAGAACAUUUAUGUACAUUAAGGUGAGGACAACGUGAAAACGCCCAAUGACAGUCUGUCGUGAAUUUCCGCAUAUUGAGUUGUCACCGAGACUGGCAGCAGAUAUGAAGGGUUUGCAGUAACAGUGACCCCGAGGAGAUGGGAAGCAGCACCGAAACUUCCUGAUACAGAGGGCUGAAAGGAGUUUCAGAAAGCACCCGUGCCUUUAUGAGAGUCCCCUGCCCGAUCAUGAUGCCCAAUCCUUGUGUCCUGCUCCGUGUGUAACAAACACUAAAUUCCAGCAGUUUGGCAUUGACUGCAUUUAGCAAUAAGUUUCUGUGAGUGUGCCAAUGGCUGAUGCUGAGCCCCAGAGUUACUUCGCCUGGUCUUUCCUGUCCUGGGUCGCGACCUUCUUCAUGGUGUUCGGGGGGGCAGCUCCCUACGUCCCACAAUACCGCGAGAUCCAAAAAAGUGGCAAUACGGAGGGCUUCUCCACUCAUGUGUGCCUGGUGCUGCUGGUGGCGAAUAUCCUUCGCCUCUUCUUCUGGUUUGGAAGGCAUUUUGAAGUGACCCUCGUAUGGCAAAGCAUUGUCUUGAUAAUCACCAUGCUGGCCUUGUUGCACUUGUGCUGUGAUGUACAGCAGUCUUCCAGGAUGAACACCAGUAGACACCUUUUCACCGAUUUUGAUCCCAGAUAUUUUUGGGCCUGGAGCCGCUUUCUUGAUUACAUCCAGUUUUGUUUAUCCUUCACUGCGGUGUGCAUCUUUGUGACGUACCUCCUGAUUGACUCCCAACUCUUCGUGGAAACUCUUGGUUUCUCGGCUGUCCUCAUUGAAGCCAUGUUGGGGGUACCUCAGCUUUUCCGGAACUUCAGGAACAAGUCAACAGCAGGGAUGAGGUGCGGAAAAUGUUCUCACAUUGUUAAGAUGGUGCUCAUGUGGACCCUGGGCGAUGUCUUUAAGACUGCAUACUUCAUUAUUAAUGCGACCCCAGUGCAAUUCUGGGUUUGUGGGACUCUUCAGAUUUGCAUUGACAUCGCAAUUUUCUUUCAGGUGUUCACCUAUAGGAAAGGAGAACAUGAAAAACACAGCUAACAAAACUGCUUAGUGUAUGAAUGACUGCCUGAGACAUGUGAUACUGUGUAGGGUAUGCGAAGAAGAUUUUUUUCCUUCCUUAUUUAGGGAAGAAUGUUCUAUGCUAUGACCAGUAAGCUAAAGUGCCUUAGCCAAAGAUCACAUUUCCUUUUAAAAUUUCCUCCUGAUAUAAUAUACACUGACAGCGUUGAAGAUCUCCAAACCAUAUUCCAGAAGGCAAGAGGGAAGAGUUAGCUUUAAAUAACUCAUCAUUUAGUUUUCAGAAAGGCAUAAAAUGGCAGUCGCAAUGAGAAAACGCACUGAUCCUUGUCAAUAUGCAUUUAAUAAGGGCUGACCAGAUUAUUGCUAAAUUGUGAGAAUGGUUAUCAAGUCUCCUUACGCCUUAAUGUAACCCUCAGUUCAUCAAAGCUGUUUCCAGGCUGGGACAGGGUCUUUAGUUACCAUCAGAGUGUCGCCUGUCACUUCUUACUGUGUGCUGUGGUGUGAAAUUUCACUGUGUCAGCACACAUUCAGAAAAUUACUUCUUGUUUCAUCCCUUUAAUACUUCCUGGGCAAGUGUUUAAAAUCUAAUUACAGCUGAUAUGGCUUUAUAUUCUUUAUAAUGUUAUGCAGAUAAUAUUUAACGGGCAUACUUCAAACUAUUUUGGGUAAACUGAUUGCAUAAUCUGAAAAAGCUGCAGUUUUGGACACCAGGUCAUUGGAAAUGUAUUCCAAUGUGAUCUAGUAAAGGAUCAAAUUCUGAAUUUCAUUAUAUUAUGUUGUUGAUUGGGACACUGAAAGUCGUCCCUGUUGAUGAGCCUCCUUUUUUCACCUUUGCUUGUUUUCCACAUUAUUACAUUUGUUUUUAUAUCAAUUGUGUGGAUUGUGUUCCCCAGCCAUUCUAUCAUUUGCUGUUGGACACUGGGGAAUUUCCAAAUCAAAUAUACCAAGCUUUGUGCAAGCUAAUUUACUGUAAUCCACAUGGAUGGUGCAUUGAAAUAACCCUGUGAGAGGAUAUUGAAAAACAACAGGAAAUGCUGGUAUCCUCAGAAUGUCAGGAAGCACAUUGAGAAAGAGGCAGGGCUAAAAUUUCAGCUUCUCUCAAGAGAGAAAAGGUUAACCUUGGACUCUAGAUUAAAGGUGUGUUGUUAUUUCCGGGCUUAUUACAGAUACUUUUUUUAAAAUUUAUUUAUAGGCAUCAGGGGUAAGGAUAGCAUUUAAUACCAAUCCUUAAUGGUCUUCAAAGGUGGUGGUGAGCUGCCUCCUUAAACCCUGCAGUUUUUAUGGUGCAGGCACUUCCAUAGUGCUGUAAGAUAUAGUAUUCCUGGAUUUUGACUUCGUGACAACGAAAGAACAGGUUUUCCACGAUAGGAUAAUGAGUUCGGGAGGAACUGUGCUGGGAUUCUCAAUGCACCUUUUGUAUCUAUCGUUCUUGGUGAUACAGGUCACAUAUUUGGGAGUUGAUGCAGAUAUUAUUAGUGGAAAAUUGUUUUAAAAGUUUUUUUCUGUAUGAUGGUUUUUGGCAACUGGAAAGUGAAGUUUUCCUUUACUAAAACUAUUCGAACAAACAAGAAGUUUAACCUUAAAAAUAAAACAAUGCACUUUUUCUGUUGAAAAGGCAUUACUGAGAUGGAAAUACACUCCAUUGUACCAUAAUUAAUCCCAGUUUGCUGGGAAGUGCACUCCAAGGCUGAAUGUUCUCCUCAUUGUUACAUUUUAGCAUUAUUGAGUUGAUAGACUUUUCUUUCUGUAGUUUGGCUGGUUGUAGAGUUGGGAGUGGAGAAAGGGAUAGUGCACACUAUAAAUUCUGACCCUACAGCCUCCAGGGACAAGAGAUUGACCCUGCUGCUCUCCCACAUUUUCAGACCCCUUAGGAAGUUGCAUCUUUCUGGUUAUUGAAUGAGAAGGAACAGACUAGUCCCCAGGCUGAGCAGUGGACCAGGGUAGGCUUCUGAUUCUGAGAAGGGGCUCAAGCAAGACUGUUUGAUUACAUUUGGUCACAACUUCUCAUAAUGUUUGGAUACAGGAAGAGUACUGCUGCCCCAUGAGAAUGAAACCUUUUCCUGGGCUGUUUUGUGAGCAACCUCAGGUAGUCUCCAGAGGGCCACUGAUUAACUUGCAUCGUGCCUUUUAUAAAUGGGUGCAGUUUUGACCUAAAGUUUACAUUGUGUCCCUCAAUGGCAGUUUUUAUAUUUAACCAUCCUCCUUUCCGCUUCUGGUGGGUGAGUUGCUCAACACCAGGAGGUUCCAUGAAGGAAACCCAAUUAGAUGUAUGAUAGAAUUUACCCCCUCCCCAUCUCCCCCACCACCCACCAUCUGUGAGUUGGGCAAGAAAAGGGAGCCAGCCUCAAAACUCCCUGAUGACCUUUGAAUCAUUAAUUAGAAUUAUUUUCCCUUUCUCCUUGGACCAUUGUGAUCUGAACAAAACUUUUAUUAGCAAUAACAAUGAAAUGAAAGACUGCUAUCAAUUUAGUCACAUUUAAUAGAGCAAAGUCCAUUCCGUGGAGUUCUAUCAUCUGACCUAUGCGGUUACAAUUUUUUGUUAUCCAGAAUAUCACAUAAAAAAUGUUACUGUAGUUUUAAAAUUAUGGAAUCUACCUCUACCUUCACAUUACCCAUUCACUGUACAAUUACAUUUGGUAACAUCGGUCUAAGUAUAUAACAGUUUUCAUCUGCUUUUCACGAAUGACUGAUUCCUUUAUCUCAGGAUGUACUGUGCUGGACUUUCUCAGCAGUACUGCCAGACUCCUGCAGUAGUAAUUGCAAAAAUCCAGUGAACAACCUUGGAAAAUAGCCAGCAGUUAUUGAGUCAGAAUGGAAACAGGCCCUUUGGCCCAACUCGUCCAUGCCGGCCGAGGUGCCCACCUGUGGUGCCCGUGUUUGGCCCAUAUCCCUCUCAACCAUUCCUAUCCAUAUACUUAUCCAGAUGUCUUUUACCUGCCUCAACUACUUUCUCUAGGACCCCAUUGCAUAUAUACACCACCCUCUGCAUGAAGAAGUUGCCCCUCAGGCCCCUUUUAAAUCUUUUCCCUCUCACCUUAAACCUAUGCCCCCUAGUUUUUGGUUCCCUUCCCCUGGGAAAAAGACGUUAUGCAUUCACCCUAUCAAUGCCCCUCAUGAUUUUAUACACCACUAUAAGGUCACCCUUUAGUCUCCUACGUUCCAAGGAAUAAGGUCCUAGCCUGCUCCACCUCUCUCUAUAACUCAGCCCGUUGAGUCCUGGCAACAUUCUUGUAAAUCUUUGCGCACAGCAUUUGUUACAAAAUUACAUGUGCUCUUCUAAGAGGUAGGAUAUCAAUCUGCCCCUUAAAGGACUAGCCAUUUUACAGGGUCAGUGCUGAUGAUAGCUAAUUCCCUGGAAGUGUCCUAAUCCAUUGAAAAUGGGGAAGCUGCAACAAAAAAGUAGGAUUGUCCCUACUGCAGAUGAUGAAACUGCACAGGAUUCCCAGGGAAGGGCAAAGGAGAUCACUUACCACCAUUUUCUAAUGAAGGUUUCCUUCUGUUACCUCUUGCCUCACUCACCCCACCUUCUUCCUAAUCUUCUCCCAACAAUGGGGAUCACUUUUCGGUAAUAUAGGACAGGCAGUUUUCAGACAAGAGACAACAGUGUUAUGGGUCUUACUGUAAAUGAUGCAUCUUACAUUGACCUCCCACAAACUCUGGCUGAGUCAUUGCUGCAAUGUACCACCGGAGAAGUACCAGUGCAACUGUUGGGGUUGCAGUCUGGACAUUCCUGUAGCUUUUAGGUAGUAUUUCCUUUUUGGUGCAUUUUUGAAAAGAGGAUUCAGCACAGUCUUCCAAAAUUAUGCCUGUUACAUAAGCAGAUUCUUCUAGUGCAUUUUGAAAAUAAAUGUCAGAUGAUUUGUGCAUGUGCAAUUAUAGGUAGUGAAGUUUUUCCUCGCUUUCUCAAGGGUUUGAUUCAUUAGUCUGCACCGUUACAGAAUGUACUGCCACUGUGAUUCUCAGGUUCAGUUGUAUUGCACUCCAGCAGAGCUGGGUGACUUUGCUACUACAUUAUUAAUCAUGGCUUUUUUAGUGGGUCAUAUUCUGGCAGUGAUUUUACCUGUCAGUGCCAAUAAUUGUCUUAUACGUUGUUUCUGCACUGAAGCCUACAGCAUGCUUCAAUACAGCAAUAUGGGGCUAGCUGCUGAAGACUUGCCGAACAUUAAUGUACAGUCCACAACGUGACAUUAAUCUAUAAUCUUCAUUGCCAAAGCCUUUUGAUAAAAAAAGACAUUAAUCCUCUGAACAAAAUAACUUUAGAACUUUUUACGUGCAGAGGUAUUCUGUUGUUCUGCUCGGAAUAGCUUAAUUUAUUGUGAUUUUUUAAAGAUAUUUAGGCAUAGCUAAACCCCAACAGUAACUGCAUUACAUAACACUUUCUGAUGCUUUGGUGUGUUACUUCAAACAGAAUUCACCAGACAGAAUGGCCAGCUUUGCUUAUUAUAUGUGAUGCAACAGCACUUAAGUUUAAUUCAAUUAUAUUUUCACUUAUGCAUGGCUGAGUUUUAUUUUCAGGAGCUUGAUGAUAAAUGUGAUUCUGUAAACCAGGCCAAAUUUUCUUUGAAGUCACUUGUAAUACAAUAUACAUUCUACAGUGGCUAACAAGAACAUAUUUCACCCGAGAAUGUUCAAAAAUUGUUAAUGGUACGUACAUAUAUUACUGGAUAUCUUUCAAUGAAUUUAAGAUGGUAACUGUAAUUCAUGCUGACAAGCAACAGCAUAAGACUUUAAGGCAAGUCCCUGUUUAUCGCAUAACAUAAAAUGCUGCACAGCUAAACCUUCGUGCUUUGUGCUGGUACAGAGCAUGAAGUACAACUCUUGUCUGUAAAAUUCUCCCCCAAAUUCCCUUGUUACUUAGAACUUAUGUGGAGAUUUUAAGAUGCAGAGUUAAUUAUCACUUGCUGAACCAGGAUUGUCAGAACAUGUACUCAUCAUUGAGAAAUCUGGGACUUGCUUGAUGUUUUGUGUGCUACCAGCAUCACUGGUGUCAAAUCUGAGAAAUUCAUUACGUUUCCAAUUGCCUCCAGUUGGAUUCUGUUCUGGCAUCUCACACUCACCAAAAAAAAGCAAUAUAUUGUCCCAGGGCUACAUCUUAUCGUUGAUUGAAUGGUAUCCAUUAGGAAACAGAAGGUUAUUUAUGAAUCUACACUCCCAGUACAUUGCUAGAUGAAUAGGCUGCGCGAUUGGUGUAUCAUCCCUCUCCUGAUCCACAUGACAAUCGACUCACACUGAGGGGAUUCCACAAUUACCCCUAAUGUGUAUUCAAAACUUUAUGUUGGAUUGCGCUGUCAACUAUUUUUCAGUCAUGUUUUCCUUUUUAUAAAAAAGAGGUCAGAUAAAACUUAAAAGAAUUAUCCUGUUUACUUUUAAGUAUUGUAUCUUUAAAAAACUUGUUAUUCUGUUCAUUUGCUUAAAGAUGUUGCAUUUUGAUGUGUCUUUUAGUAUUUCAUUGCUGAUAUGAUAAAGUACAGGAGUACAGUA